CGCGCCACCGCCGCGCACACCAGGCGAUCGAAGGACGGGAGUUUGGCCAUGCGGGAUGCUCUCGAGGACGACGCGGCCUGCGGGGGGCUGCUCAGUCGAUCAUGGCUGCCGCCCCGCAUGGUGGUGUCGGAUCUCGAGUACGCUGAGUCUCGCGAGUGGCCCCUCGUUGGUCGCUCUACGCUGGCCCGCAUCGAUUCAUCCUCGUUGCUGUGGUUGUCGCUCUUCUGGCUCGCCCUCGGGCCCGGGCCGCGACUGGACGCUCUGGAUGGCCUGCUAUUGCUACUGGUCUGCGGGGUGUAGUGCAUGGAACUCGGCAUGUCUGGGUGCUCGCGCAGCCUCUUCCUCCUCUCCUCGCCUCUGCAUCGGAGGCAGCGCGCGGAGAGAUUGUAGGAGACUUGACGCGCAGAACAGGCGAGCUGCGGUAUCCGGCAUCUUCCGAAACGGGUUGGCCCCGAUGUGUCGCUUGGGCCUUCGAUGCCCUUUACGCUUUCUCUUCGCUCCGAUUUGCCGGCUCUAAAUCUUGGCCGUCGCGGUUCGCUUCGGUCAAAGGGCGCGCGCGCUCAGCCGAUGAGCGCACCUGUUGCCAUCCGCCGCCCCGGCCACUGGCGGGUCGAUGCGCGAUGGUCCACUCAGACUCGGGCCUGAGAAAUCUACCUCCGAAGUCGGCUUUGGAUGGGCUCCUUGGGCUUGGGAUUUUGAAGGCCCUCGAGUCGGUUUUAGGUUCCUCCGCAACCUGCAAUCCCCCGUGAAGUAGUGAGCGAAAUCACCCGCUGUUGUUCUUCACACUCAGCCUCCGAACUCUUCGCGAUAGUCGAUCCGUGGAAUUUCGAAGGGAUGAGCAGCUGGUGACCCUUCGGCUCCUUGCCUCGGCCCAUGAACAGGUGUGCACAAUCUACACCUCAAUUUGGUGGAAUUUUGCCGGAAACGUCCGAUUUCUACGGGAGCAAUUGGGCGUAGGACGAGGGAAUUCGCACUUUUGUCGACGAAGAGGGAGAGAGAGAGUGAGAGGGAGAGAGGGAGUUGUUCACACUUCGUCGUCUCUCUUUCUCAAUCUUCUCUCUCUCUCUCUCUCUCUCUCUCUCUCUCUCUCUCUCUCUCUCUCUCUCUCUCUCUCUCUCGAUUUCGAUUCUGCAACCCUUCCUUGUGAAUCGAUACCGUGGUGGCUUACUUCGGCUCGAGCCCAAAGAGAGGAGUGUUGCAGUAACUAUGCUCCCGAAUUUGGCCGAGAGUGAGCGCUUGAAGUUGCAACAGGCUGUAGGCUGGAGGACAGACUAGUGUAAAACAUACCAUGUUCGACAAACCUAGUUUUGAACUCUUGCUGUCAGCUCGACAGACUGUUUAAGCCAAUCAAAAAAGUGUGUACUAUAUCAUAGACCGGAAGGAAUGAGGGCCUCCAAAGACAUUACAUCUGAUGGACUCUGGUCGGCAUUUAACAUCAAAGAACUGAAUGGGAAUUUCUCAUCUUGACCUCUUUCAAGGCAGUUUCAAGAUGCCUCUUUCGAAGAGGAAUUCUCUACCAAAUCUUCUCAUGUGUUGUAGAGACCAUCUCAGACCUGCACUACUUUCCACCUACAGUAGGUGAUGAACGUGAACGACUUCCGAUACCAUAUUCAAAUUUAUCAAAAGCUGACGUAUGGAUGCUCUGUUGGGACCACUACUUUUAACCAAGAGGAAUAAAUGUCGAACUCGCGGCUAAAAGAGCAUGUACCGAAAAGGUCUGGUGGUUCGGUGAGCGAGAAUUCCCAGAGAGCAGCGCAAUCUUGCCCUGUCUUCUAAAAUCAGCGCAGAAUCUUCUGCGAUACCUGGCCCUGCUUGGAAAGAUUCUGUUUUAGUGGUGCAAGGAUAAUGGCCGGUGACAAGGCGAAAGGGGGACCUUCCCCCAGAUCCAAAUCCGCCAAAGAAGUACCCAAGAGCACUGACGAAAAAAGAGACGUACCAUUCUCAACGGCACAUGUGGAUCGACUACGGUACGCUCGAGACAUAUCGAUAGCAGAAAGAAGCCGAGAAGCAAGAAUCCUUCGCACUCGAGGUAUGCGGCAGACAUUGCUGGGGCCGGAUUUCCGAAGGGAGCCUCGUGGUCGUCACAAGGAGCUCCCGCACCUCAUGCGCGGAUCGCUCUCGCGCUGGCAUGACUACAACUGCCGCGUCUGCCAGCCCUCGAGCUUGAGCCACGCUCCCGACUGCCGCAGAUGCCAGCCCCUGGCCGCGUACGCAGUCGGCGCUCACAAACUACAUCCCCCUUCCAUGAACUACUUGCCGGUGACCAUGCAGUACCUGAACGAUGCUUACAUGGAUUCCACGUACGCCCACCACGUUCCCGAUGAAGACUUCGCCGAUUCCUGGCGGAGGAUGAAGAUUGCGAGGCAGCAGCGCGCGGCAGUCCAACGCGAGCGGACUCUCCACUGGUGACCUUGCUUCCCGCACAGCAAACAUUUAUUUAUCAUCGAGUGUUUCGUCGGGCCGGUCAUCGAAGACGACUAGGGCGGACACUCCAUGGCAUUCAAGGAGUGAAUUCAAUAUUUCCCAAUAUAUUGCAGCUUGUUUUUAUCGUGCGCUGCUGCUCUGCUGAAGAACUGAAAAGGAAACGCCUUGUACCCGACUUAAUGGUCCAUUCACGUGGUACGAAAUGAGUUUCCUUUCUUCUGAUUACUAUCUUUAUAUAUUAUAACUUUGAUAAUCAUCUUGUUCGGACAAGAUUCCUGCGCAUUCUUCUGAAAAAUAUUAUUCUUCUAUGAUAACUACCUUUGGUGGAAAUUUAUCAUUGCUUUCUGAAAAGUAGUCCAAUCGACAAUAUGGAUGAAACUUUUUAUUAUUGAUUAGAACUAUGGAAAAUAGGCACGCAUGUCUAAUUCAGAUAGACAUGCGUGUCUAUUGUGUCUAUUUGUUGUAGACCAGGGUCCAAGUCGGAUGUCUAUAAUUUUGAUCCAAUGUAGCAAUGUGAGAUCAAUCGGACCUUUUUGUAUGCAAUUUGAUCUGA